AUGAUGCACUCAAUCCCUUCAAAGCGUUUAUGUGGAAUAAGGUUUAAAAACUUCUCAACGAAAGAAAUCAAAAACCUGAGUGUCCAGGAAAUAACAAACCCUCAAACAUUUGAUCAGUUUCAUCACCCGUCAUUUGGUGGAUUGUACGAUCCCAAGCUAGGUCCAGCUGAUCGAGAUGAUUUCUGUGGUACUUGCUCUCUGAAUUAUCUUCACUGUCCUGGACAUUUUGGUCAUAUCGUUUUGCCACUGCCAGUAUAUAAUCCAUUGUUUUUUAGACUCUUGGUAAAAAUAUUAAAAGGCUCUUGUUUAAACUGUCAUCAUCUGCUUGCUGGGCGGUCCUCAGUGAUAAAGAUCAAAUCACAGUUGAAGUGCUUAGAAUAUGGUAUACUGUCAGCUGUAGAUGAUCUUGAAAAUAUCAUUAGCGAAGCAUCCAGUGAGAACAAUGAUAUCGACAUAAUUUACAUCCAGGAUACUACAAAGGCUUAUGUAGAUAAAGCAUUACAAGGAAUUGAUAAAGAGGACUCUCGUAUCAGUUCCCACGUGAGAAACGUGACGGAACAGAAAAAAAAACUGAUUACAGACUUUAUAAAUACUGAAGUCAGACAUCUCUCAAAAUGUCAUCUUUGUAAAAAGAAAGUAUGUGAACUCCGAGCUGAGCAUAAUAGCAAGAUUUAUUUUAAAAAGGGAAGUAAAAGGAAAAGAAUACAGAUUACUGAAAAUAAAAGCACAACACCAAAUGAAGAAGCGACAGAAGAAACCAUAGCCAGGUGGACUGGUUUUGGACUGAAUGAAGUCUACUUAACUCCACAAGAUGCAAGAGAACAUAUGAAACUUAUCAUUCAAAAUGAAGGUUCUCUGCUUCAUCACUUGUUUGGAGCUUUAGCAGAUGAGCAAGGCAUGGCAUCUCCUAAAUCAGUUGAUGUAUUCUUUUUAGAUGUUGUACCUGUACCGCCAUCAAGGUUCCGCCCAAUUUCCCAGGUUGGUGAUAAGAGAUUUGAGAAUCCACAGACUUCUAAUUUAUCUAAUGUGUUGGGUGAAAGCAUUAAAUUACAACGGAUUGUUAGAAUAAUUAAAAUUCAAGAUUGUUCGCAGGAUGAAGCUGAGAAUGAUAUUGACAUGAGCGUGUUGGGUCAAGUAGCUGGCAAGAAUAACGAAGAAAAGUUACACAAUUGCUGGAUUUCACUUCAGACCAGAGUCAACUGUGUAGUUGACAGUGACCUUGAUAGGUUGAAUUCAGAUAAACAUCCUGGAAUCAGACAGAUUUUGGAGAAGAAAGAUGGUUUACUUCGUAAACAUAUGAUGGGGAAGAGAGUGAACUACGCUGCAAGAUCUGUGAUCUCUCCUGAUCCUAACAUAGCAACUGAUGAGAUAGGAAUUCCUUCUGUCAUAGCAACUAAGUUGACAUAUCCUCAGCCUGUUACACCAUGGAAUGUAAAGCAGCUGAGAAAUGCAGUCAUCAAUGGGCCUGACAAACACCCUGGUGCAUCAAUUGUGGAAAAUGAAGAUGGUUCAAAGACUUUACUCCGAGCUGAUCGUCCUACUCAGAGAGACGCUAUAGCAAAACAAUUAUUAACCCCAAGCAGUGCAUCAUCAGGGUUAUUAGGAUGUAAAAAGGUGCAUAGACAUGUGAAGAAUGGUGACUUAGUGUUACUAAACAGACAACCCACGCUACACAAACCAAGUAUUAUGGCGCAUAAGGUGCGAGUACUACCUGGAGAGAAGACUCUGAGAUUACAUUAUGCCAACUGUAAAUCUUAUAAUGCUGAUUUUGAUGGUGAUGAGAUGAAUGUACACUUACCACAGAAUGAACUGGGAAGAGCUGAGGCUAGUGUUUUAGCUACCACCAAUAAUCAGUAUUUGGUGCCAAAGGACUGCACUCCAUUGAGUGGUUUAAUACAAGAUCACAUGGUGUCAGGUGUGAGAAUUACAAUAAGAGGCAGAUUUUUUAAUAGUGUGUUUUUGAGGGGCUUCUGUGGUGUAUUAUCCAAGGCAGGCUAUGGCCCAACACCCUAUGGACUUGUCCAUUGUUGUCAUGAGCUAUAUGGUGGAGAAGUAUGUGGUCGGUUACUGACAUGUCUUGGCAGAUUAUUUACAACAUUUUUGCAGACGACAUCAGGAUUUUCACUUGGCGUUGAAGAUAUUCUAGUCACAGAAACUGCCGAUGCUAAACGCCGAGAGACUCUGGUUGAAGGAGCUGCUUCCGGACCUGCGGUUGUGUCCAAGGCAUUGCAUGUUGAAGACUCCACAGACACUGGAACGUUACUGGAGUCUUAUCACUCAGCACAUACAAGUGCUGAUGGAGAAGAUAUGAAAGAAAUUGAUUUGUGUAUGAAAAGUAAAACGGAUGAAAUCACAAACAAUGUGAAUAAAGCUUGUAUGCCAAAUGGAUUGUUGAAGAGAUUUCCAGAGAAUAACUUACAAUUGAUGGUACAGGCAGGAGCUAAGGGCUCACAGGUAAACUGUAUGCAGAUAUCUUGCUUACUGGGUCAGAUUGAGUUAGAAGGUCGACGGCCACCAUUAAUGAUAAGCGGUCGAUCAUUACCAUCGUUCCUACCAUAUGAUACGUCUCCAAGGGCCGGUGGUUUUGUUGAUGGUCGUUUUUUAACGGGUAUCAGACCUCAGGAAUACUAUUUCCAUUGCAUGGCUGGUCGAGAGGGUUUGGUAGAUACUGCUGUCAAGACCAGUAGGAGUGGAUACUUACAAAGAUGUCUGAUCAAACAUUUAGAGGGAUUGAUUGUCGGAUAUGAUUUAACUGUACGUGACAGUGAUGGAAGUGUGGUACAAUUCCAAUAUGGUGAAGAUGGACUGGAUAUACUGAAGACGCCAUUUUUACAGGAAAAACAGUUUCCAUUUAUGAUAUCCAAUGAAAAUGCUGUGCUAGAUGACAGGGAGUUGAAUUUAUUGAUGACUAAAGUAGACUCAACAAAAGUAAAAGAAGUUCGUCAUAAGAUCAAGAAGUGGCGUAAGAAGUUUGGAGAAGAGGAAGGAAAAAAGUUGCUCAAACCUUUUGUACAUUUCUGUAACAAAAAGGGUGAUAAAGUAUUGGCUGAGAUUAAAGCUACUGUACAAGAUGAGAAUACACAUGAACUUGAGACAAAGGAAACAUUGGUCAAAAUGUGGCAUGAAUUAACCAAUAAAGACAAGUAUCUGAAGUCCUGCAAACCAUGUCCUGAUCCUGUUAUCAGUCAACUCAGACCUGACGUCAACUUUGGUUCGACAUCAGACAGUUUCUACGAUAUGACAGAGUCCUAUGUUACAAGGAAUCCACACGGUUUAUUGGAUACCACUGGUCACAUGACUAGCGAAAGAUUCAGAACAUUGAUGAAUUUGAAGUACAUGACAUCGUUGUGCCAUCCUGGAGAAGCAGUCGGACUGUUAGCAGCUCAGUCUAUUGGAGAGCCCAGUACUCAGAUGACACUGAAUACCUUUCAUUUUGCUGGUAGAGGUGAAAUGAAUGUCACUCUAGGUAUUCCAAGAUUAAGAGAGAUUUUAAUGGUAGCUAGUUCUAAUAUCCAAACACCAAGUAUGAGUAUACCAGUAUUAAAUAUGCGGAAAGCAAAGAAACAAGCAAAGAAGUUGAAGAGGAAACUAACAAGACUAUACUUUUCUGAUGUUUUGGAGAAUGUUGAAGUGGCUGAAAUUUAUGAAGUCACAUCGGGAGUCAAUAACAGGGUAUAUAAGAUACGGAUGUCUUUUCUACCUGCCGACUGUUACAAGGAAGAAGUAAACCUGAAACCAAGUGAUGUGUUGUAUUUUGUGGAGAAGAGAUUCAUCAGACGACUAUUAAGUGUGAUCAGACAGAAAAUGAGACAAAUCACAGACAUCAAGUUGGUGGAUGCUAAAACUAGAUCAUUUCUUUUAAAUGAUGACCUAGAAGAUGUAGAGGAGAUUCCUAAGCAAGUCAAUGAAGACUUGAAUGAGAGCUCUGAAGAUGAUGAGAAUGACAAUGAUGAUGAUGCUGUUGCUAAGAAACUGAAGAAACAAAAGACAGAUGAUAUGGAAUAUGAUGAAGAAGAGGAAGAGGAGGAGGAAGCUGGGAAUGAAAAUGAUUCUGGAGAGGAAACUGAAGGUGAGAAUUUGGAAGAAAUGGAACAAGAGGACAUACAAGGAGAUAAUGACAACGAAACAUAUGAACAAUUAAAAUCUAAGAAAAGAAAGAAGAAAAAAGACACUCUAUUUAGAAUUAAUAAUGUAGUUAAUAUUCAUGAUUGGAUUCAUGGAUAUGAAUUUGAUGAAGAAGAUGAACUAUGGUGUCAGGUUGUAAUUAAGUUGGAUAUCCUGGACAGUAAGAUGGAUAUGUGUUCUGUGAUUGAAAAUGAAGCAAAGAAAUUAAUUGUGUAUGAAACACCUGGUGUUAAAAGAUGUUUUCUUAGUGACAAUACAGAUUUGGGACAUGAAGGAAAAAAGACAUUACAUACAGAAGGAGUCAGUAUUAUGGAAAUGUUUACAUAUGACAAGAUAUUAGAUUUGAAUAAGCUGUACAGUAAUGACAUCCAUGCUAUGGCUGCAACCUAUGGAAUAGAAGCUGCCAGAAAAGUUCUCAUCAAGGAAAUUCAAGAAGUUUUCAAAGCAUACGGAAUUCAUGUAAAUGCACGUCACCUGACCUUAGUAGCAGAUUACAUGACGUAUGAGGGCGUCUACAGACCAUUCAAUAGAUUCAGUUUACAGUCUAGUGCAUCACCAUUACAGCAAAUGAGUUUUGAACAAUCCAUGACUUUUCUAAAACAAGCUACAAUUGAUGGUUCAUGUGAUCAGCUGAAAUCACCUUCUGCUCGUCUCGCUGUUGGUAGAGUUGUUAGCGGCGGUACAGGAUCAUUUGAGCUUGUUCAACCUCUGGUGUGAUGAACACUAUCAGAACACUAACUUAGGCUCUUGUGAUCAGCUUUUAUCAAUUCUAGAAUUUGUGUCAUUGCUGUAACUGAUACCUUGAUUAAUGAACACAAAAUAAUUAAAGUAAAGUGUGUUUUUUUCAUGAGAGAAAUAUUUUUGUUAGUCUGGUGAAAUCGAGAAAUUUUUGAAAAUUUAUUUGAGGUCAUGCAUUAUGGAGAGUCAGCAUAAGGAGGGACAUUUAAUCAUCAUAAAAGCUGUAGUUCCACUAUUUGAAAUCAAAUACACAAUAUAAUAAUACACUUCUCAGAUUUGGAGUGGUCCAUUAUAUAUUCAAUAAAGCAGAGGAUAACCA